CUUAAACAUACACCAGUUUCCACCAAGGAACAUCCGGAAGAGUGGAGGUCAAAGACAUGAGGAUGGUUUAAGCAACAAGAGCAAAUUUGAACAAAGAGAGAUCAAAGACUGAAGAGGACCAACAAUCCCUGGAUUGUUUUAGGAUGCGAAUAGUGGAGAACAUACCUGACACCGAGGCCUGAUCCAAGGCAGAGAGCGGGGUCCGAUGGCCACUGCAUGUGAUGACCCCCACCUGGGCGAAGGCCCAUCCGAUGACUGCGACGUCCUCCUGGAUGAUUCGGACUCAGACAGUCUGUUUUCCGAUGACUCUGUGCUUCCUGAUUAUGAAAUUGAGGAAGAUCCCAGAGAGCCGGCCAAAACACUGUACGAGGCCUGUGCCAGGAACAACCCCACCUCCCUGUGCAGCAUGCUGGAGAGAGGAGUCACUAAAGAAGAGGCCAAUGAGACGGACAUCAACGGCAGGAAUGGACUGAUGGUCGCUGUGGCAAAGGGUUUCGUCGACAUUGUCACCAUGCUGCAUACAUGUCCAUUUAUAGACAUAAACCAGCAAGAUAAUGAUGGAAAUACUGCCCUCAUGAUUUCUGCCCAGGCAGGCUUCAUCACCAUUCUGAACUAUAUCCUUAAUUUCUACUCUGGCGUGGACACGGAGGUCAGGGAUCCCCGUGGCUUCACUGGCCUCAUCAAGGCAGGCUUACAGGGCAGAGAGGAGUGUGUGUCUGCCCUUCUAAUGCAUGGUGCUGAUAUGAAUGCGAUCGACAUGGUCCAAGGGAGAGGCCUGAAGGAUUGGGUCAUCAGGACCGGAGGGUUUGAGACUUUGAAAAGAAUACGCCGUCUGCAGGCUCACCCUGUCGCUGAGCAUUUCUGUGAAAGCUUCAUCCCCGAGUGGCCUGAGCUGAAGCCACUGGUGGACAAGGCCACCGCCCCAAAAACGACCAGUCAGAAACUGAGGCAGCGUCUAAAAGACAGCCUCACUUUCAGCUUCCCUCAGGACCCACAAGACAAUGGGGUCAUGGACUAUAUGGUGCGAAUGACCACCAGCAUCCACAGCCCCCUGAUAGCCACUGGCUGCCGUCCUCUCUGUCCCGCCAGCCCUCCAGCGAUUGGCAAGCGACGGUUUGCCGUGCCCGAGCUGCUGGAAAGGCACAGCAGCAAGGAGCUGGAGGAGGGCACAGUAUCCCACAGCAAUGGCUCCAUCACCUCAGCCUCUCCUCCUCCUGUGUCAGCCGCCUCCGUAUCUCUGACCUGCUGCCAGGACUCCAACCGCAGGGAGAGCCUGGCCUCAGGUGGCAUGAAAAGCUUCGUUCCCCGCAGCAUGGCACACAGGAACAGCGUCUUCCCCUCGGGCUGUAUUCCUAAGAUUGAAGUGACAAGAUCUGGCGAGCCCACACCAAAGAAAGAGAAAAAGAAGAAGAGAGACAAGGGCUACCUGGAGCCUCCUGUCUGGAAGUACAAGGAAGCCAAGGAAGAGAAAAAGAGAGCGAAGAAGCAGGAAAAGCAAAAAGACCAAGAUAAAAAGACCAAGGGGUCCAAAGGUUCAUCAAGCCAAAAAUGAGACAGCUCUAUUUUUUCUACUGCGAAUUUUACUGUGACUAUGUCCAACAUGAGAAACGGGUAUGAGGUAGUGGCGACUCUAAAGACUGAUUUCACGAAGAACACGGAAAACUUCAAAACUAUUAAAACCCUUUGGUGGAUUUAAACUUUGGCCUUGGAUGAACAGGAGAAACCUGGAGCCACUUGAAUUUAAGAGAUAUUUAGUGACAUGUGACUGUUUCUUAUUUCAUCUGCGAAAGAUUGGAUUAGUAAAUAAAGUCACGCGGAGAUGAAACAUUCAUAAUUUUAUUUUGAAAACAUUGUACAUUUGUGGAGACUUUGUCAAUCUGUGAAUUGCUAAGGUUUCCAGGUAGCGUGCCAUAUGGUGUUAAUGCAGGACAACUAAAGCAAUGACAAAUACUGUAUGUGAGCAAAGGCCUGCAGCAAAUUGAUAUAUGUAAUAGUUAGUCAUGGACUUUUUACAAUGUUGAACACAGAGAGGACAGGUCUUCAAACUAUGUGCUUUGCUUCUCUACAAAAAGGGAUAUUUCAUAAUAUGUUGUAUUAUACUGUAUAUGCAUUUUAUAAGGCAAAGCACUGAAGCUAGUUUCAGCUAUUGUACAGUUCUUGUAGUUUUGAAUGCCUCCCCUCUGCAGUGGAUGUAGUGGCACCUAAACAAACAGAAGUCUGAACACAUGUAACCUCAGUCAAAAGCAUAUUUUCCCACAUCUAUGAAAUUGAUCUGCCCUUCCUGUUUCAUCACAUGCAGCAUCUGUGUAAAUAUGUUAUUAAGCAGAGAGUUCAUACUUCAAACAGCUCAGCAACGAUUCCGGAAACAGGAAGUGAAUCUUAGCUGCGAGGCUCAUUGUGAAAACUAGACAAAUCCCUAAAAGAAACGUGCUGCUGUUUCCUGCUGUUCCUUAAACACCACUACCAGGCCAACGGUAGAAUUACUUUAGGUUUUACAGUUAUGUUUUACUGAGCCUCAUAGGAAUACUCCCCAAAUCAAAUCAUUUUCUAAAACGAAUGAGGCUAAUUCAGUCAUCAGUAUAUGCAACAUGUAACAUCUACCAGAGGUCUCUAUGACUGACACACAACUGUCAGUGGUUUAAGUACUGCGUUCGAUGGCAGGGGUACCUAUGCAUAGUCCAAAAAUAUUUGAACAUAAUAUUACUCAGGAAAUCUUUUGUUCUUUCUAUGAUGCUCAUUAAGCAAGAAAUCUAUUUAAAGGUCCACUUUACAAAAUAUUCUGUUUAUAGAUCAACAUGGUAACUCCUCCAAUGAAAAUGAAAACCCACAUACUUGUAACUGCAUCACCUGCUACAACUACGACACCAUAGAUUUAAAUGUGUUGUAUCAAAGAGAAUUAAUAGCUGCUAAUCUAAUGAAAGAUUAGUGUUGUUUCAGGGAAUACUUUAAAGUCAACGUAAGAGACUGGAAAGCUCAGGUCUUCUACAUCUUUACUGAGUGUAAAAUGGAUGAAAAUGUUUGUUUAUAAACUUGGAAUAAAAUGACUGAUGUUCGUGA